AUGGUGGUGAAGAAAGAAGAUCCGGGUGCAUUCACUAUUUCUUGCACUAUCGGGGUCUACGAAUUCGGAAAAACAUUGUGUGAUCUUGGGGAAAUUAUUAAUUUUAUGCCAUUCACCAUGUUUCAAAAGUUAGGCUUGGGUGCACUUAAGCCUACCACUAUGAGGCUUCUAAUGGUUGAUCGUUCAAUCAAAAAGCCCGUCGGAGUGUUGUAUGAUGUUUUGGUGAAAGUCGACCGGUUUAUCUUUUCGUCCGACUUUGUGACUCUCGAUUGUGAGGUUGAUCAUGAGGCCCCAAUCUUUUUUGGUAGACCAUUCGUAGCUACCGAAAGGGCUAUAGUAGAUGUGGAAUAUGGGGAGAUAAAAUUUUGGGUAAACACUGAAGAAGUAUUCUUUAAUUUGUUGGAUGAUGAGGUAGCUAACACCAUUGAAAUAGAUCUUAUGAAUGACCGGGUGUAUUGUGGAACUUUAGAAGUGAGGCGGUUGACGAAUAUGAUGAGGUCGUAG